AUGGAUAAAAGAGCUCCCAAGAAACACCCCAACAAGAGCCCAGUCCAGAAGGUGACCAUCGCAGACGUAUUUGCGGCGUCAAGGGCAUUGACAUCUGGAUCACAAGAUGGCGGCGUUCCCAGUUCACCCGACACUACCACAACAUUUAGUGCAGAUGCCACUGCCACAGGAAGGCCUCCACAGCCAGAUAUGGCCUGGAUUUUGUCUAUAUUUGCCGAAGUGAAGACUUACCUAGUGGGUAAAAUUGUAAGGUCCACUGGAGUCCUGAGGGGUGAGAUACAGACUUUGGGAGCAUGGACUGUUCAAGUGGAGCAACGUCUGGUGGCCACGAUGGAGGUGCACAAUGAGGUAGUAUCCCGAAUUAAUUCUCUUAAGGCCCGUCUCGACUCUGCAGAAUUAGCAAUAGAGGAUGUGGGCAAUCGCUCCAGACCCAAUAAUGUGCGUAUCCGAGGCCUACCUGAACACGUCGGAGAUGGCCCAUUGGUGGACAUGGUGGUGAGCAUAUUUAAGCCACUACUCACAGACAUUCCUGAAAACCUGUGGCAUGAAAAAAAGGCUUGA